AUGGUUACAAUAGGCGAAGUUGCGAAUCCCUCAAAGACAGCAUUAAUUGCUCAGCUUGCCCACGAACGCGCGGAGGAACACGGUGGCCCCCAAGAGAAUCCACUUGAUGAAAGUGAGACUUUCCAGCAAUUAUGCGAGGCGUGUAGACGCGGGGAUGUCAAGACAGUCCAGUCUAUCAUCGCGUUCGGCAAUGUCAAUUUGAAUGCAGUCGAUGCUUAUGAUUACUUGCCGCUCACUUUGGCUAGUCUAUGCGGCCACUACGAGGUUGCGCAACUGUUACUUGAAAGUGGAGCUAUAUGUGAGCGAGAUACGUUUCAAGGUGAAAGGAUUCUCUAUAACGCAUUAAACGAUCGCAUCCGAAACUUAUUGUUACAAUACGAUUACUCGAAAAGCCUUGAUCCUGCCCAGCCAUGGGCGGCAGGAAUAACUUCACUGCUCUAUCGGCCUGAAAUCGACGUAAUGGAUGUGACAAUCCUCGCGGCAUCAAGUUCUUCAGCAGUAAUUAAAGAGUUCAAGUUGCACAAGUUCCUGCUGGCCGCCCGCUCUCCCUAUUUCCAACGAAAGUUACAACAGCAGACUAAAAUCAGGUUGGCGAACUCGUUUGAUGCGCGCGCAUUUGAUAUCGCAGUGCGAUAUAUGUACCUGGGUGAAGUAAUGGAGUCAGCACCUCAGGAUGUGCUACUAGGGGUCGAGAAGCUCAGUCGGCACCUGGAAAUUCCAGAGAUGUGGGAAUUGGUUCUUGUUGCGGGUGAUCCACGAGUCCGGCGACAAAAAAGAAGUGAGAGUGUAAAGCAGGCACAGGAUGACUUUGAUGGGUGGUUUAAAAAGUUUGUCAUUGGACAAAAAAUCGAGCUGGGCCCCGGACAGAAACCAGAGGAUGUCCGCGUGGAUAAGCACAACGAGAUGUUUGCAGAUAUCUUGCUUCAAGCAGACGAGUUUGAGAGCCCCGAAAACGAAGAGGAUGAAGCCAAUGCUGAUGCUUCCCGCAUCCUAAAACGUUCCGUCAUCUACCCAGCCCAUAAGGCAAUCCUGCGUUCUGAAUUCUUCACAAUCAUGUUCAGCUCUCCUUUCCGCGAAGGCCAAAAAAGCCGCGACGAUGAGCCGCUACAGGUUAUCUCGUUGGACAUGUCCCCCGCUGUCCUUGAGCUUGUAUUAGCGUUUUUCUACUCCGAAAAAGUAGAAAUACCACUAGACAUAGCUCUCGACGCUCUCUUCGCUGCAGAUCAGCUGUUCAUUGAUCGAUUGAAAACUCGCUGUGCACAGGUUAUUAGUACUGCAGGUCACACGGACGACUUGCCGUACAGUAUCUAUGAUGUUAUUCGCGCCGGCUGGUUGACCAGGAUCCAUAGACUCGAGGAGUUCGGCGCGAAAUAUAUCGCAGAGAGAUUGGAGUUCUUUAUUGAUGACAAGAACUUUGCGGAUCUGAUCCAAGAGAGUGCGGAAAGAAUCGAAAAUCGGCAGGAAACUGAUACGAUUGAGCUUGUCGAUGAUAUUCGACAUUAUCUUAAUGAACGUUUCCGCAUGCGUAUGGAGGACAUGCAGAUGUAUGAAGAGGACGCAGAAGGUGGAGAAGCCUGGAAGGGCGGAGAUCUAAAUGACAACGCAAAGGAUAAAGGGAAUAUGAAUCGCGAAAUAAAUCCUGAAAAUAGACAGGACAAGCCCCAGCUAGGAGAAUUGGCCGAGGAAGGCAAGAACCUCAAUACCGAGGCGGGUUUGAUGUACGAUUCUUUGUUGGGUCAAAUUGAUGAAUUAUUAAAUCGAUUGCGGUUGGAUGCUUAA